AUGGACCCAUCAACACCAUACUGCCGUGAGCUGGCCUCGCCCAACGCCUUCCAAACCGUGCUAUCAGUCUUGAUCGUCUUCGGCAUUCUCCUUUCAUACCUUCCCCAACAUAUCCGCAUCAUUGCCCGCCGAAGCUCCUUCGGGAUAUCGCCCUAUUUCGUGCUACUAGGGGUAACAUCCGGUACCUCAGCCUUUGCCAACAUCCUAGUAUUUCCAUCCACAGCUCAAGAUGUCGCCUGCUGCCAGGAGAUCAGCGGCGUGGCAUGUUUCGCGGGGCUGCUCGGCGUCUUCCAAGUGGGCACGCAGUGGCUCUGUUUCUUCUCCAUUCUGCUUCUAUUCGUGAUCUACUUCCCACGAGCAACAUCCCCAACAGACCCGGUAAGCGCUGUAUCCUCCACACCCAACGGUCCGACCUACCGCACCGCGCUGGUCGUAACAGGGCUAUGCCUGUUCCAUGCGCUCGCAACGAUAGUAAUCUCUGUCGCCUUCAACAUCCGCCAACCAGCCGCUAUGCCGGCCUGGGCGAACUUCCUCGGUGUCUUGUCUGCCGUCCUCGCAUCCAUUCAGUACUUCCCGCAGAUCUAUACCACGUUCCGGCUGCGCUGUGUGGGGAGCUUGAGUAUCCCGAUGAUGUGCAUCCAGACGCCUGGCAGUCUUGUCUGGGCGAGUAGCUUGGCUGCGCGCAAAGGAUGGGCCGGUUGGAGUAUAUGGGGUGUGUUGGUUGUCACAGCUUGCUUGCAGGGUACUUUGCUGGUGAUGGCGAUCUACUUUGAAUACUUUGGGCCCAACCAUAAAGGGGUAGCGGGGCACCAUGUUGAUGAGAAUGGGGCUUCGAAUGGGGCUGUCCCUGCUGAUGAGCGAGCCCAACAUGAGCCUUUGGAGGGGCCAUCUGAGGAAACGCCAUUGCUUCAGAGCCAUUGA